GGCACCAGGAGGAGUUUGGGGGGCACCGGGAGCGGCUGGGGUGCACCAGGACGGACUGGGGGUGCACAGGGAGGAGUUUGGGGGGCACCAGGAUGGACUGGGGGGCACCAGGACAGAUUGGGGGUGCACCAGGAGGAGUUUGGGGGGCACCAGGAUGGACUAUGGGGCACCAGGACAGAUUGGGGGUGCACAAGGAGGAGUUUGGGGGGCACCAGGAUGAACUGGGGGUGCACGAGGAGGAGUUUGAGGGGCACCAAGACAAACUGGGGGGCACCAGGAGGAGUCUGGGGGACACCAGCAGGAGUUCAGGGGGCACCAGGAUGGACUACGGUGCACCAGGACAGACUGGGGGUGCACGAGGAGAAACUAGGGGGGCACCAAGAGGAAGUGGGGGGCACCAGGACAAAGUGGGGUGCACGAGGGGGCACCAGGAGGGGUUUGGGGGGCACCAGGAGGAACUGGGGGGCACCAAGAGGAACUGGGGGGGCACCAGGACGGACAAUGGUGCACCAGGACAAACUGGGGGGCACGAGGGGGCACCAGGAGGAGUUUUUGGGGGGCAUCAGGACGGACAGUGGUGCACCAGGACAAACUGGGGGGCACAAGGGUGCCCGUUGGGGGGGGCACAAUGGCUUAGGAGGGGGCGCCAGGACAUGUUGGGGUGAACGAGGGGGCACCAGGACUUCUGAGGGUGUCCCAGGAUGGAGAACGGGUCACCAGGACAAGUUGGGGGGCACGAGGGUGUCCCAGGACAGAGAAUGGGGCACCAGGACAUGCUGGGGGGCACGAGGGGAGUCCCAGGAUGGACAAGGGGGCACCAGGACUUCUGAGGGUGCCCCAGGAUGGACAAGGGGGCACCAGGACACGUUGGAGGGGCAUGAGGGUGUCCCAGGAUGGACAAGGGGGCACCAGGACACGUUGGAGGGGCAUGAGGGUGUCCCAGGACAGAGAAUGGGGCACCAGGACAUGCUGGGGGGCACGAGGGUGUGCCAGGAUGGACAAGGGGGCACCAGGACUUCUGAGGGUGCCCCGGGAUGGACAAGGGGGCACCAGGACAUGCUGGGGGGCACGAGGGGGUCACCAGGACUUCUGAGGGUGUCCCAGGAUGGACAAGGGGGCACCAGGACAUGCUGGGGGGCACGAGGGUGUCCCAGGACAGAGAAUGGGGCACCAGGACAUGCUGGGGGGCACGAGGGUGUCCCAGGACAGAGAAUGGGGCACCAGGACAUGUUGGGUGAAGGAGGGAGUCCCAGGAUGGACAAGGGGGCACCAGGACACGCUGGGGGGCACGAGGACAGCUGAGGACACUCGAGGACACCGAGGGGGGCACAGGGACACACCAGGACUCACCAGGACACACCACGACACUCCAGGACACACGAGUGGGGUCGUGGCUGCACCAGGACCCACCAGAAUCCACCAGGACCCACGAGUGGGGUCGUGGCUCCACCAGGACACACCAGGAUGCUCCGGGAUCCACCAGGACACACUGGUGGGGUCGUGGCUGCACCAGGACCCACCAGGACUCACCAGGAUCCAUGAGUGGGGUCGUGGCUGCACCAGGACCCACCAGGACACCAAAGACACUUGAGUGUGCUCAUGGUUACACCAGGACACAUCAGGACCCACCAGGACACACGAGUGGGGUCGUGGCUGCACCACGAACCACCAGGACUCACCAGGAGUCACCAGGACACAUCAGGACCCACCAGGACACACGAGUGGGGUCAUGGCUGCACUACAAACCACCAGGACU